AUGUCCACCGGAGAAAAGUGGGACAUCCUUCGCAUCACCCUCGAGACCGCCAUCUUCUCUUCUACUCCAGACCUCAUUGAUUUAUCACAGCCACUCCGAGAGUCCCUACUCUUGUCUCCCCAAUCAUUUAUUUCCAAUCUCUCCGCAUUCCUUCCGCACCAAGUCGUCAUCCCACUCAUAGAAUCCAGCAUCAAGAUAGAUUCUUCAAAUAUUGGUGAACCAUGUCACAAAGUUCUGGAACUCUACUGCUUGCAUGUUUUGCCUCGUUUGUGCGAGUGGGAAUACGCCAAAGAAAUUCUGUCAUACAAGAAUGAGCUCUCGUCUGACAAAAGAUGUGAACUUCAUUUGGCUCUUGAGGCUCAACAUGCUCAAGUGCUAGAGAGUACAAAGCGGGAGACGCCAAAACCUGAGCCUCCUCCCUCCCCUAUACCGAUACCUCCAAUCCGUUCUCUAUCCCCAGUAUUUUCCUCCUCUCUAUCCACCACAUCCACCCGCACCGCAGUCCCAGCAUCCCCUAGUCCAAAACUUACCCGCCAACAAUCCGCAUCUCUGCAGUUUCAGGCGUCACAGUAA